AUGGCAAGCUCUAGUUAUAAUCCCUCGAUCCUUUUGAAGAGGAUUUUUUCAUUAAAUGAGACAAGUCCACUGAUUUUAUCUCUAGAUACUAUAGCUCAAACUUCGAAAAAUUUGCUUAAUGAAUUCGUGUAUUGCAGCAGUACAAAUAAGGAUAUUACCAUUGUAUAUAUUUCAUUCGAGACCAUUAACAGACCAUCAUAUGCAACUAACUUUAUAGAUGCAAGUUCAUUGAAAUUACAAGAUUUAAUAUCAACGUUAAGAACUUAUUUGCCUUCACCUCAAGAAAAAGUUGCAGGUAAAUUUUUAGUUAUCAUAGACUCUAUCAAUUAUAUCUCCAAUACCAAUUUAUCUCAGUUUAUUUCAUCUAUUGCAUCUCCAAAUAUUACAUUUCUGGUGAAUUUCCAUAAGGACAUGCCAGAAUUGAAUGACAAUGAGAACGGUAUCCAUUAUCCAUCAAGUUUUGAACUUUUACAUUUUAUGGCAGCUACCAUUUUAGAAGUUGAACCACAAUUUUCUGAUACUGUAGAAGAAGAAGAUGUCAGAUCUAAUCUAUCAAAAUUUAUUAUACCGAAAGGUAUGAAUAACUCUACAUAUAUGCUAACAUUAACGAACAAAAGGAAAUCAGGGAGAUCCAUUAAUUAUCAGUUCACUAUCAACUCAGAUACUCAUGAAUAUGAAAUAUUUAAAGACAUGAAUGAAAUUGAAGAUAAUGUUAAUAAUGAGAAUCCAGAAGCAUUACAAGAUUUGGCAACCUUUAAUCUGUCGACUUCAGCUAAGCAAAAAAAAGCCAAGGAUCAAGUGGAACUUCCAUUCUUAGAAGCACAAUCUUUUAAUACUGGUGGUGCUAUUGUCUACGAAUUUGAAAAGGAUGAUGAUUAUGAUGAAGAGGAUCCAUAUGAAGAUCCAUUUUAG